CGUCUGUUCCAAGAUGGCGACUGUUGACGAUGAUGACUUAUUGGAAGAUGAACAUUUGGAGUCAUUACUUGAAUUUCCAAUCGAAGUGCAAGAAGCUAUCGAUCAGAUGCUACCUAGUGAUGACCCUCUGGACAAGACAGAUUUCAACCCCAUAGAUUACAUCAAUACUCUGUUCCCUACAGAACAAUCUUUAGCAAACAUUGAUGAUGUUGUUGGGAAAAUUAGACACAAGAUCAGGAGACUAGAUGAUGAUAUACGGACAGUUGUUAGAGGUCAGACCAACGUUGGGGAGGAUGGUAAACUGGCCCUAGAGGAAGCACAGAAGGCCAUACAGGAACUCUUCGCCAAAAUCAUCGAUAUAAAAGACAAGGCAGAGAAGUCGGAGGAAAUGGUCAAAGAAAUCACCAGAGAUAUAAAGCAGUUAGACCAUGCGAAGAAAAACUUGACAGGAUCCAUAACAACUCUGAACCAUUUACACAUGUUGGUGGGAGGUGUUGAUUCACUCACGUCUCUAACAAGAAGAAGACAGUAUGGAGAAGUGGCAAACCUGUUACAGGGUGUGCUCAAUGUUCUUGACCACUUCCAGAAGUAUAUGAGCAUUCCACAGAUCAAACAACUGGCUGACAGAGUGAAACAGAUCCAAUCAGAGCUGGGGACACAAAUACAGGCUGAUUUUGAGGAGGCAUUCCAGGGGGCUGGGGCUAAGUAUGGUCCUGGGAACCAGCGUCAGUUAAAGGAGGCAUGUUUUGUGGUCAGUGUUUUGGACAGUAAGGUGAAGAAGGAUCUCCUAAGCUGGUUUGUCAAACUGCAGUUGUCUGAAUACCUGGUAUUGUUUGGGGAGAACCAAGAUGUGGCUUGGCUGGACAAGAUUGAUAGACGCUAUACAUGGAUCAAAAGAACUCUCGUAGACUUUGAGGAGAAGUUUGGCCAUUUGUUUCCACCUGACUGGGAGGUCAGCGAAAGGAUAUGUGCAGAGUUCUGUGAUAUAACCAGGAGAGAACUCGGUAAUAUUAUGGCUAAGAGACGGGCGGAGAUUGAUGUCAAACUGCUGCUGUUUGCCAUACAGAGGACCACCAACUUUGAGGCCCUGAUAGCUAAGAGAUUCACAGGGGUAACACUACAGGAGGGUCAGCCUAAACCGGUGGUGAGACCCUCCUCUCCACCAUCCAUUCCCUUUGAGGAGUCCAGCAACCCAUUCGAAGGGGCUUCAGACGGGGAGACAACUCCUAGUGAAGAAAGCAAGGUGGACCAGAAGCCCCAAAUCCUGUCGCCCUUCAGCGGUAUCAUUUCAAGGUGUUUUGAGGCACACCUUAGUAUCUACAUUGAAUCUCAAGACAGAAAUUUAGCCGAGUUGAUCAACCGGUUCCUGGAGGACCUGCGCCAGCAUGGCACCCCACGUAUGGAGUCAGAGGAAAGCAGUAAUGUUUUACCCAGCUGUGCAGACCUUUUUGUGUUCUACAAGAAAUGUAUGGUUCAGUGCUCACAACUAAGUACUGGUCAGCCAAUGCUUGACCUCACUCGGACAUUCCAGAAAUACCUCCGGGAGUAUGCCCAUAGAGUGCUACUCACCAACCUUCCAAAAAUGGCGAGUCAGAACACAGGCAUCAGUUCUGCAUCAGGUUUAAUACAGAGUAUCCUCAAAGAGGGCGAGGUAACAAAGUUUACAGAGGAAGAGCAGUGUAGGGUGUGUAGCAUUCUGUGUUCUGCCGAGUACUGCAUGGAGACUUCACAACAGCUGGAGGAGAAGUUAAGAGAGAAGGUUAACAAGGAAUUGUCCUUACAGAUAGACCUUAACCCUGAACAGGAUACCUUCCAUAAUGUAAUUUCCAGCUGUAUACAGGUAUUAGUGCAAGAUCUGGAGAUUGCAUGUGAGCCAGCUCUUGUAGCAAUGAGCAAGAUGUCGUGGUCCACGAUAGAGGCGGUGGGCGACCAGAGUGGAUAUGUGACUGCCCUCACCUCCCACCUCAAACACAACCUGCCAAUCAUCAGGGACAACCUGGCCGCCUCCCGCAAAUACUUCACACAAUUCUGUCUGAAAUUUGCCAAUACUUUUAUUCCUAAAUUCAUCAACCAUCUUUUCAAAUGCAAAAAUAUCAGUACAGUAGCAGCAGAACAGUUGUUACUGGAUACUCACUCCCUGAAGACAGUGUUACUAGAUCUCCCCUCCCUAGGAUCCCAGAUCAUCAGGAAGGCUCCAGCCAGUUUCACAAAGAUAGUGGUGAAAGGAAUGACAAAGGCUGAGAUGAUGCUUAAGGUUGUGAUGUCCCUCCAUGAUCCACCACAAGGAUUCGUUGACAACUACAUCAGACUACUUAGUGAUUCAGAUAUCAAUGAGUUUCAGAAAGUCUUGGAAAUGAAGGGAUUAAGAAGAGGCGACCAAAGUAAUUUAUUGGAGAUCUAUCGAGCCAGAAUUCCUGUUUCCAUGGCACUUGGGGGUCAUUCAGAAAUGUCGGUCACCUCUACACCAGAGCCGGAGUCUAGUCGUAUUAAAAAGCUAGAGAAGCUCAUCAAGAAAAGACUUUAACACAACGCUAGUGUUAAAACACAUAAUUUUGAAAUUGUUGAGUCAAAGUGAGUCGGAGACAGCAUCUUCAGAUAUUUUCAAAAGUGCUAGACCAAAACACACUCAGACCAGAAGAACGCUUUAAUAUGCUUUCAAUGCCCAUGGAUACGUUCAGUAGGUAAUGUGGUGAAAGUUAACUCAUUCACCCCUGUAAUUUCAUCAUGAACUUUUCAAGCAUUUGAACUGGAAGAGUUCAAAUGCGUCUUCAGGGGUGAAUGAGUUAAACUAUUUUGAACGCUGUAGCUAUCAUCGUCACGGAUCAUAGACAUUUGUGAACUGAUGUAAUGUCAAAAGAGUGCAAUAGGAGUUAUAUAUUGGAGUUUAUUGGUACAUUGUACUGCUUGACCAUGUAAUGUAAAUUGAAAUAAUAUGGAGGUCUGCUUAGUGCUUUAACUAUGUAGGGUAAACAAUUUCAAGUUUACAGAGUUACAAAUUAUGUAUUUAAUGCUUCAUCAUGAAUUGCGUCUUAUAUUAUGGUAAUAAUUUUAGAGGUUUUCUCCAGGUUUGGACAAUAUCAUGAACCCCACAAAACCUAUACACUAUAAUUUGUAAUUGGGAGAUUUAAGUAUACAUAUAUAAAAAAAAAAUGUAUUAUUAUGUCUUCUGUGAUAAAAGGGAUAAUGCAUCCAGGUAUUUUGUGAUACAUUGGGGUAAAUAUAAAAAGGUUAAUUAUCCCAAAUUUCUACCUGUCAAUUAUGAACCCACAAGUAGACAAAAGUUGAAGUUCCCCAAAGUACUGGGGAGGAUUUAUGAAUGAGGGACCAGAUAUGUAUUUAUGUCAGGACUAUUUUAGAAAUGAACAUAAGGGGAAGGAAUGGAGGAGGCCAGGGAGGCAUACUCACCCCCACAACCACCAACAACUUCCUGUUAUACAUUACCUGCGAGAUAUACAAAUAUCGAAAAUUUAAGUAUUAUAAGUAUGUGAAUCCCCCUGCCCCUCCCUCCAACCCCCAUAAAUUUAUUAUAUCUGAAAUAGUCGGCGUCAUAAGCAUGUUAAGAUAUUGAAAUUAAAUGUAACCUCAUUGAUUACAAAAGGUUGUGUGUGAAAUUAAAGUUGAAUGCGCAUAUAUUCUCAAAUAAAAUAUGGCAAAAUGAGAUUUUCACUCCCAUUUUAGUUCAGUUGAAAUGAAGGAAAAUUCAGCUUGGGAUGAAACGUGUAUGCUGUAAAACUUCACUAUAUUGCCAAAUUUUGUUUUUACCAAGGGGUUUUGGAGAUUAAUCAAGUGAUAUAUAGGAAUUGUUAUAAGAAAAUAUGUUUGGGUUAAUUGAGGCAGCAGUGAAUUGAGGGACAUUAUAUUGUGGCUUUACUGAAUAGUUUCAGCAGUGCUGAUAUACUAGUAAAGAUCUACAUAGUGAAUUUAACACCUAAUGAAUUUGGAUAAUUUGUUUUGGUGAAAAUAUUAGUGUGCAAGAAUAUGGUUCACUUUGCGCAAGCUUACAUGUACAAUGUAUGUGUGGAGAUAAGUUGACAUCUAUAGUUACCUUUUGAUCUGUAUAUAUAUAUAUGCAUCUGAUAAUGAUAAUAAUAAAAUGUAUAUAAUUGACUGUAGUUAAUAGUGUACAUAGAAAUACCAGGUAUACUUUCCUGGUACCAAUAUUAUCAGUGUUUGGGGCCUGUGAUCCUUCCGUUUGUUAAUUGUCAUCUCCCAAUCAUGUCACCGAUUCAUCCGAGUUCUGAACACAACUUCCUUGCUAUAUGGAGGGAGCAUAUAGACAAACAAGUAUUUUGUCUUUUAAGGUAGAUCUGCAGUCAGUGUUUUUGCCAGAGAUAAAAGUUGAGGGUAAAAUCAAAAUCAAGCAUAAAUCUUGUGUUUUAGCAAGCCUCUGUCAUCUUUAGGGUCAAAAUCCAUUUUAUAUCCACUUAUAGGGGUUAACAGAAACCCUAUCCCUCAAUGAUUUAUCAUGAUUUCUUUUAAAUCAUUAAAUUAAUUUCAAAAGAGUAUAAAAAGUCAAUAAAACACCUGACUACUCAUAUUCUAUUUGAAGCCAGAUGUCUUCAAUAUAUAAACCCUCAGGUUUCAACAGAAGCUAUUAUGAAAUAUUUGCCUUACAACUGUGAAUAAAAUAAAUUUCUUCGUCAAAUUGGUGUAAUAAGACAUUUAUAUUUACUGGUAAUAUCUUUGUAAUAUUAUUUAAUCUAGAUUGAUGUCUUGUCUUCGUUGGAAAAUUAUUUAAAUUUGUUGAAAUAUCUCGACAAUAAAUAAGAUACUGUACCGUAAGUGACUAUGCAUCCUGAGCUGUACAAAUUUGGUUAUAAAUCAGAUGCUGUGAAAACAGCCAUGUCGCUGACCUUGACAUUAUACAAGGUGGAUCUACUUCAACUGUUUUUGUUUGUCAUCAAUAGAUCAAGAUAUAUGCAGUGCUGAUCUGGCCAAUUUACAUUUGUAUGCAGGACACAGAUUUUUAAAGUACUUAAUUAUUUCAUUACGAAAUAGUAUGUGGGUACACCAUUUGUUAAUUUAUGAUCUGUUGGAAUUGUUAUGUAAGAGAUUUGAUGAUAAAGGUCCAUGUUGUGUUAUUUAAAAAGAUGAAAGAUAUACAGUGAACAAAAAUAAAUAGGUAUAUGAUGUA